AAACAAUUUUCAAAUAAAAAGUAUAUGUUGAGAUUAAAAUUAAGAAAAAUUAAUAAGCUUUCCAUCCAUAAAUUUCUUAUUCCAUAUGCACAUCUUGCACGUUGGAAUAAACCUAUUGGUGCAUGGCUAUUAUAUUUACCCUCAACCUGGUCUAUUAGUAUGGCCGCUUAUUCACAAACUAUGCCAGCUUAUGAUACUUUAUCAAUGCUUGGCUUGUUUGGUGUCGGUUCCAUAUUAAUGCGUGGUGCUGGUUGUACUAUAAAUGAUAUAUGGGAUCAAAAAAUUGAUGCACGUGUCGAACGUACAGCAAUAAGACCUUUAGCAUCCGGUACUCUAAAUACUCCUAAAGCUAUAGCAUUUCUUGGAUUACAAUUAGUUGGUGGUGCAGGUGUUCUUAUACAGCUUCCAGUUGAAUGUCAAUUAUUAGGGAUUAGUUCCCUUGUUUUUGUCGCAAUUUAUCCUCUUAUGAAACGAAUUACUUGGUAUCCACAGGUGGUUUUAGGGUUUACUUUUAAUUGGGGAGUUUUAUUAGGAUGGCCUUCAUUGGUGGGUUGGUGUCACGUGACAUGGGAGUCCUGUUUGCCAUUAUAUAUAUCAGGAGUGAUAUGGACAAUUAUGUAUGAUAUAAUUUAUGCACAUCAGGAUAAACGAGAUGAUAAAAAAGCUUCAGUUUAUUCAAUGGCUCUUAAACUUGGAAAUUAUACUAAACCUUGGUUAUUUGGACUUUCUAUAUUACAAACGAGUGCAAUGGCAUGGGCAGGUUAUAUAAAUGGACAUUCACCUAUAUUUUAUAUUUUUUCAUGUGGAUCUGGAAUGAUUUAUACAAUUUGGAUGUUACGAACUAUUAAUUUAAAUAAUCCUUCGGAUUGUUGGAAGUGGUUUAUAUGUAGUAAACAUGCUGGAUUAUUAAUGGGUAUGGGUCCUUUACUAGACUGGAUUCUACGGAUUACGUCAGUUAUGUGACGGGACACAUACGACAGUAAAAAAAAACGGUCACUUGAAUUUUCUU